UGGCUUGCUGGGGGCAGGGGGGGGUCGGGUUGGUAUUUGGGGAGGAUUUUUUCCCUUUUAAUAUUUGAAUUUUACAAAAAUAAUUUGGCUAUUUUUUUCGUUGCUUGUUUGGUCUUUUUGUGUGCGUGUCUGCGAUUUAAAUUUUUUUCUUUUUCUUUUUUAACGUUUUUGAGGAAGAAACGGAUUUGGGGCUCCCACUCGUCGCCCUGCCUGGGUUGUGCUGGCAGGAGCUGCCUUCGUUUCCUGGGGUGAUCCCCAUGCACACGUGGAGGCAGAGCUCACCUCUCCGUUGAUUUUUUUGGGGGGCUUGGUGAUAUUUUUUGGCAUUUUCCAGCCUGGGCACCCCAAGCAGGAUCUGAGGUUCCUGUUCGGGCUGCCCGGCCGGGCGCGGGCGGCUGGGCCGGGGGCACCCGCGGCUCCCCCAGCCCCCGGCUCAGCGGCUCCGUGGGUCUCUCCCAGGUGCGAAGCCGGGCGAGGAGCCGGCCGGAGACUCGCCCAAGGCCGAGAACGAGUCCCAGCCCCUGCACGGCUCCGGCAUCUGUAAAUGGUUCAACGUCCGCAUGGGCUUCGGCUUCCUCUCCAUGACCGCCAAGGGCGGCGCGACCCUGGACUCCCCCGUCGAUGUCUUCGUGCACCAGAGCAAGCUGCACAUGGAAGGCUUCCGCAGCCUGAAGGAGGGAGAAGCUGUCGAGUUCACCUUCAAGAAAUCAUCCAAAGGCCUCGAGUCCAUCCGGGUGACCGGCCCCGGCGGCGUCUUCUGCAUCGGCAGCGAGAGGAGGCCCAAGGGGAAGAGCCUCCAGAAGCGCAGGUGCUACAACUGCGGCGGGCUGGACCACCACGCCAAGGAGUGCAAGCUCCCGCCGCAGCCCAAGAAGUGCCACUUCUGCCAGAGCAUCAGCCACAUGGUGGCCAACUGCCCCGCGAAGGCGCAGCAGUCCCCCAGCUCGCAGGGAAAGCCCGCCUACUUCCGAGAGGAGGAGGACAUGCACAGCUCAGCCCUCCUCCCCGAAACCCGGGAAUGAUGGUGGGUGGCAGGGAGAGGGGGCUUCCACCGGGAUGAGAAGGCUUUGGCAAGGCAAGGGAC